AUGAUUUGUUACUUAUUUUACAACAAAGUGGAUACUUUGUUUCUUAUUCUCUUUCUAUAUAUUCUGUUCAAUGGAGAUGAUAUAAUAGAGGAUCAGGAUUCAGAAUAUUUAUAUCGGGUGCCGUAUCCCAUAAGGAAAAAUUCGAACAACGAAAGUUGGAUAAAAUCUGAAAAUAUUGCUAUAGUUAUUGUGCUGGCAGAGGGUGUCAAACGGGAAUAUUAUAAAAUUGCUAUUAACAGCGUUGAAUGUUAUACAAAAGCACACGGAUACCAAUUUAUACUCACUCAUGACAAUGUUUGGGGAUGCGAUUAUUUGAAGGAUAAAUUCUUCCGCCGCCACUGUGUCAUCUCAAAAAUCCUCCCAAAAUAUGAAGCAGUACUUCAUUUGGAUGCAGAUAUUGGAGUGGUGAAUCAAAAAAGAAAACUCCAAGAAUAUAUGGACCCUCAAUUCGAUCUGAUAUUUCACGAUCGUCAUUUCUCACCGGAAAUAGGAAUGGCUUCUUAUAUCGCCAGGAAUACUCAAUAUGGACUAGAUUUGAUCACAGAGUUUUCGAACUAUGAGAAAAAGCUACCGGAGGGUAGUUUUCAUGGGACGGAUAAUGGGGCGAUUCACAUGUUUCUUGCCGAAAAAUUGUUUCCCCACAACUUGAUUGAGCUGGAAUUGUGUCGUCGAGCAUGGAGGAAUUCUCAGAAUGUGGCUGAUCAAUUUGCAUAUACUUCAUGUAUUCGAAGUCUUUUUGGGGCGAACACUGAUUUUGGAAAAGUUCGGAUUCUGAGAAAGGGCACCGGCUAUGUCCGGGACGACUGGCUAACCGGUGGAAUCUGGAGUCCUGACCGGGACUUUAUGCUUCAUGGCCUAAAAACAGAUCAUCUCAAAAAAUUACCUUGCGGUCCGCUAAGGGUGUCUCCGAUGAGUCAAACAACAUGGUACAGUCCAUUCGAAGGAGAUUUUGAUAUGGAGAGAUGUGUGUUGGGGUGA